UCAUUUUGUUUACCGUUUACCGCCAAUUUGUUGGGAUGUGGGAUAUUGGUUGCUUUUCAGUUUUCUUUUUCAGUUCAGAAUGAGAAAAUAACUGGAAUUGGCGAAAUUUAUGAUAAAAAUUAACUACGUGUUAAGCUGUUUUAAUAUUAUUUAUCGGUAAUGUUUUUAAGAUUUUAUGUGUGUGCUGUGUGUAUUGGUGUUCCAUCAAUAGGAAUUACGCAUGGGAAGUGAUGUCCAUUGCUCUUCGAACAGGCCCUUUUAUAGAAGAUGAUGAACCAUGUAGACACAGAAGAGGUAAAAGUAUCUUAAAAGCAAAAGAAAAUAUUGUGAAACCAAAGUGUCUCAGGAAAAAGCUAAAGAAAUAUAAACUCCGCAAAGAUGGUCAGGAGGAUCCUGAUGUGAUUGAUGUAUCACAGACCUUGAUUCAGUCUUUAAAGCUAAAGUCGCCCAAUCGAUCAGAAACAAUAGAUGUGGAUGAGUAUUUGGAACGACCAAAAAAUUACUUAUUUAAAAUGGUAAGAAAGAAGCAAUCUGUACUCAGUGAAACUAAUGGAAAAAGAAAAGAAAGGGAGUCAGAAUGUAUAAAAAAAAGUGUUACCGAACAUAAUGUGUCUGAAGAAAAUAUGCCUGUUUAUGAAAUCAAGGAGAAGAAGCAAACAAAUGCUUUUCAGCUACUAAUGGACUCACGUAAUAAAAGUAUAGGUAGUAACUCUCCUGGAAAAGAAAAAGAUACCCUAGAACCAGAAUCAGAGGAAGUAAAGCAGAAAAAAUUACUUAAGACAAAAAGAAAUUUAGCUUUACAAAAGUUGGCUGAAGCAAAAGGUUCCUUGAAGAAGAAAGAAAUAGAAAAACUUGAAGAAGAAUGUAUUAAGCAAAAGAUGGAUAAAAGGGCGGAAAGAUUGAAAAAUAUGAUUAUCAAAGGUAACAAAAAGGUUGAAAAGCAGAAAAAAGUUAAAAUGACUACGAAAAAACUACAAGUUACUAGUAAAAUAAAACAUUCCGCCUGUGAAACAAUUGAUAUUGAAGUUAUCUCUGAAGAUUCUGUAACUUCUGUGUCAGAGUUAAAACUUGUUUCAGAAAAAGAUACCAAUCCAAAUGAUAAAAAUACAGUAGUUAAUAACCAAAAAGCAAGAAUAAUUAAGGAGGAUGAAGAUUUCUUGAAAAAGCUAUCGCCAUCCAUGAAGAAAAAAGAGAACAUGCUAAGUUAUUUUAAGAAGAUUGAUAAAGAUCCUGAGCCGACUCCUGUUUUACUAAUAAAUGACGAAAUGGAAGAAGAAAGUAUCAUACAAACACUAAAAGUAAAAAUGACGCCAAAUAGUAAAAAGAAAAAAAAGAAACGCAAACUUAGUCUCAACAACAAUAUGAAAAUAAAUAAGGCAAUUGAUGGUACAGAAAUAAAUACAACUACUGUAGAACUUACUCUCAAUCCAAAAGACGAACUUACUGUUAAUCCAGAAGAGGAACUUACUGUCAAGCCCGAAGAAGGUGAAGUGUCCAACAUUAAAAAAGAGAAGCCUCGAAAACGUAAAAGAAAAACAGAUGUUGAACCAAUAAUACUGAGUAAAGGGGAAAACCCUGAAAAUCUAGUGAAUACUGUUGAAGGGAGACCAAAGCGUAAUGUAAAGAAACCAAUUAAAUAUACAGAUGAUAUGCAAUUAUCAAGUUCUGAUGAAGAAUUGCAUAUUUUGACGCCCAAGAAAAAAAAACUCAUUGACCACAAAACAGUCAUGAUAGAUGAUUCACAGUUUCUAAAAAAGUCUGGCAUUAGCAGAGAUAAAUCAGAUACAAUUAAGAAGCAGAAAUUAGAUUCCAAAUGUAAAGGUGACAAAAUGAAGGCAAAACUGGCCCCAAUAUUUGUUGCAAAGACUCAAGAAGAUGUAGCUGCAUUGGAAGCAAAACAAAAGUUCCUUCAUAGUGGAAUACCUGACCAGCUAAAGAAGGCCAUAGCUUAUCAAAAGGAACAAACCAUUAUUUCUAGUGGUUUCUAUCCUGUAGUUCAUGUCCAACAAAUUAUACCAGCAGACAACCUAUCUGCAGUCCCUGACUUUAUGAAAACAUCCGAAAAUAAUGAAUGUAUGGAAAAACAAGUGCUAUAUAAUGACAAUGACAUAAAAAAGUUCCUCUGCUUAGACUCUACAGUGAACACGAAGAAUACUCUUGUUCCUACUAAAUGUAAUGAUGUUCCUGAUACACUCCAUAAAAUAAAACUCAGCUAUCCAGAAUUUCCUGUAUAUCGCACAUAUAAAACUUUAAGUUGCAAAAGCAAAGGCAACAACAUUGAUUUUAACAGCCUGGAUAUGGAUAAUAGCUCAGAAGUAUUAAAUAACUCAAUAGAUGUAAAAGCUGAAGACCCUAAAUCCUUGAGUUGGACAGAUAAGUAUAAAGCUACAUCAACCAAGCACAUAAUAGGAAACUUUGACAGCACUAAUGAGUUAAAGAAAUGGCUUAUCACUUGGUCAGAAAAUAAUGCGGCUCAGAAAAAUAGUAAUGAAGAUUCUGAUUCAGACUUUUACAAUUCAGAUACUGACAGCAGAGAUAAUAUGAGAAUUUCCAAUAACCUACUUGUAUUAACUGGUCCUGCAGGAAGUGGAAAAACUUCAAGUGUGUAUGCUGUUGCGACAGAGUUAGCUUUAAAAGUUAUUGAAGUUAAUGUAGGUACCAGAAGAACAGGAAAGAUAUUGCUGCAAGAUUUGCAGGAAGCUACACAAUCCCAUAAAGUCAACCGAGGUAAAAGUUGCAAUGGAGAUUCACAAAACACACAAGAACUUUUCAACAACAAAAAGCUUAACAAACUUAAGGGCAAGAAGAGAUCUCAAGUUGACUCAGGCCUAUUUUCUCAGAGAAGUGAAGCUUUAUCACAGAAUAGUCAAGAAGAAGGCAGGACGGCAAUGUCGCUUAUUUUAAUUGAUGAUGCUGAUAUAGUGUUUGAACAAGAUGAUGGUUUUAUAUCUGGAAUAGCUCAAUUAGUUCAAUGUUCAAAAAGGCCAGUUAUACUUGUAACCACUUCAGUGUCAUGCAGCCAUUUACAGAGGUUUUUGCUGGGUGGUAAUGUUGUUAAAAUGAAUCCACUUUCUCCCAGAAUGCUGGGCACAUGGCUUGACAUCAUGUGUUUGGCAGAUACUGGCUUCUGUUGGCCAGGAAGCGGGGCUAAGUUCUUAGAUUACUUCAAAGGAGAUAUGAGAAAAUGUAUAAAUUACCUGCAGUAUUUAGUUGUCAGUGAGGCUCAGCAGUGCAGAACUUCUAGCACUAAUGUAGAAACGGAAAUAGUGGAUGCAGAAGAUGAAAACUCUAAUUUUUCUUGGGCUGGCCAAGAAUUGGCAGAAGACAAAACUGAAAUUAGAACAAAUACUACUUCCUGCGAUGGCUUAUGGCAAUAUUUCACAGGCAAUCCCAGCAAUAACUUGUUCCUCAGUCAACCACUAGAUUUGUUAAAAGUUUGGUGGUGUAUUCCUAAUGCUCUAGAAGGAGAAGAAAGUACUGAAUGCAAAACUAGAAAGACUGAAAAAAACAGAGCUACUAAUGCUUUAGAAGAUAUUGCAGAUGUAUUAGACAGUAUUUCUCUUGCAGACUGUAUGAGUUUCAACAUAAAACCUGAUGCUAAAGUCGAUGUUUGUUCUAAUCCAUGGUCUUGCACAGAAACAGAUAGUGUAUCAGAGAAAGAAAGUCUUGAGGAUGUUAAUAAUUUCUAUGACUUAUCAAGUCAAAUUUCCUGCGAAUUACUCAAGAGAUCUCUGGACAAAGCAAAUCAUAGCAAUCUUAACAGAGUUGACUUACAAGUACCCGGACUCUUAGAAGAAAGGAAAAAAGAGAAGAUAAUAUCAAGGCACCAGUCGUUAGUGAAUGCUGUAAAUCCAAACUCGCUGUUAGACCGAAAGUCCAUUGCGCUGGACUACUGGGCCACGUGCAGAACCAUCUGUAGAAUAGAACAGGACAAGACUGAUAAUGUUGUCAAGAGAAACAACAGAUUCUGCCACUACCUCAAGUCAGUGAGAGUGAUGUGUAAAAACGAAGUGUUCAACAAACUAUGUGAAAGUCUUAAAUCUGCAGAUAUUGAGAGCUAAAUUCACAAUGCACUUUAGUUUUAUACUUAGUAGAAUGUAAAUAGAAAUUAUUUUUGUCCCAUAAACAGUGAAUAUGUGUUUGGAACAGCAUUAGUAUAUUGUAGAGAUGCCACGAAUAUUCGGCAAGUAUUCGGUAUUCGGCCUA